AUGACAAAUGAACCAUCUGAAGCAGCGACAGCGCCGACACCGGCAGAUUUGAGGCACAUUUCGCCAUCACCCCCGCGCGUUAGGCCUCAAUCAUCUGCUGACAUGACAUCUCAACUUUCUUUUCCUUGCGCCUACGCUGCGCGUGUUUAUCAUGUUUGCACAGAAAAUUCCUUUUGCCAUCCCCAACCGCCUGAUGAUGUAAAACUUCCCAUGAGGCCCCACAGCAGUGGCGCUACGUAUCUUGGAUGGAUACGUAACUCUUUAUCUGGUCGCUUAACAGCAAAUUGUUACGGUCAAACAAAUAUCUGCUCAUCGAAAGGGUGCGGGAUAAAUUGUGGGAAUCAAACCAUUCAGAGGAGUAGCUCGUCCCUUCCGUGCACAACCGCUACACAUCCUGCGAACUCACCAGCUGCAUUUGAAGAAGGGAAUGGGGACGAUGUGAGGGAUGCAUCAGCGCCGGUCCGGCGUACAAAUUUCUCGUUGGCGCGGAGGUUGCGGUUACGAGGGCCAUUGCACUACCAACGUGUCGUUGAUGUGGUCCGUCGACUGAGAGUGGAAGGCCAUUUAUCCAAUAAGGAAUGUGACGAGUCUUUCAAUCGGUUACAACACAACGGGACUAAUCCUUGUGCUGUUACCAACGGUAUUCAAGACGGCAGGGGAGUGCAUCACAACAUACUCAACUGCAGUGAGGCCGCAACUUCCACGAUGUUUUCUCCGGGUCAAACUCAAAGGGAAUCAAACUCACUUAACCAUGCAAGGAAUUCGAAUUCUGAACCCACUGGUGGAGAAAAUACGGGGAAUAAUCAGAAAACCGAAUGUACAUAUAAUUUGCCCAACUGUGUGACCGGUGUAAUUGAUGGAGACGCCGAAGUUUUGGAUGCAACGGCUGAUUCCAGUGUUACAUCGGGCGCAUCUGUUGUUGAUAUUGUGGUUUUGUCGAAUGCAGAUGGUGGUGAUACCGCGGUAAUGAAAAUGACGAGGGAUGUUGUUGUUGUUGCCACUGAUGUCGGUGUCGGUGUUGGUGCCGGGCUCAGUAAUGAUGUGACAACGGCUAAUGUUGAAGCGCGCCGUCGCAUUUCUCCUUCAACCGCUUCUCUUGAAAAGGAGAGACGCGGUGGUGAUGAUGUUGUGGAUGCUGUUGGCACUGCUGUGGACCGUUCGGCGGGUUCCGUAAAGGGUCACAACUUUAAUUGCACCGAGUUUCUUCCCUUUAAUGUAGUAGAGGGUGAACUUUUAAGAAACCGACGUGCAUUGGAGCAAUUGGUGACAAUUUUUGAAGGGACGCUUCAUGAGAUUCGCAGCGCGUGUGUGGCUGAGGAUGAUGGCGAUGAUGUUGGGUAA